AUGGCAAUGACCCUGGGUUACUGGGACAUCCGCGGGCUGGCUCACGCCAUCCGCCUGCUUCUGGAGUACACAGACUCAAACUAGGAGGAGAAGUACCCGAUGGGGGACGCUCCCAACUAUGACAGAAGCCAGUGGCUGAAUGAAAAAUCCAAGCUGGGCCUGGACUUCCCCAAUCUGCCCUACUUAAUUGAUGGGGCUCACAAGCUCACCCAGAGCAACGCCAUCCUUUGCUGCAUUGCUCGCAAGCACAACAUGUGUGGGGAGACAGAGGAAGAGAAGGUUCGCGUGGACGUAUUAGAGAACCAGGUUAUGGAUGUCCGCUUGUGCAUGGCCAUGACCUGCUACAGCUCUGACUUUGAGAAACUAAAGCCUGAUUACUUGAAGGAGAUCCCUAAAACGAUGAAGCUCUUCUCAGAUUUUCUGCGGAAGAGGCCCUGGUUUGCAGGGGACAAGCUCACCUAUGUGGAUUUCCUGGCUUACGACAUCCUUGACAUGCGCUGCAUAUUUGAGCCUAAGUGCCUGGAUGAAUUCCCAAACCUGAAAGACUUCAUUUCCCGUUUUGAGGGCUUGAAGAAGAUCUCUGCCUACAUGAAGUCCAGUUGCUUCCUCCCAGGCCCUCUGUUUCUAAAGACUGCCAUGUGGGGCAACAAAUACUGCCCUGUAACCAGGAGACGGGAGUGA